ACCCUGAGUAUGGUGCGAUGGAGACAACCCGGAUGUUGGCGGGUCACAGCAGCGCGGCACAGUGCGGCGUCGCAUCGCCUCCUGCCUACGUGUCCACCCGCCUCAACAACGGCAAUCGACAGACGGGUGAGGCCGCCACGCCGACGGAACUGGCCCUGCCGCGGGCGACGCGGGUCGCUCGGGGGGCGCCGGGUCAGCACGCCGAUGCUGCGGUGCUGUACGCCACCCUGAGCCGACGGCGAGGCUCCGCCACCGCCCGCAGUGCUCUCGUGCGAACGGUGCGGCCAGCAAGCGACCAGGAGAGCGUGGUGUGAUGAACUGUCAGCACAGCCGACCAAUCACAAGACAAUGCUCGCUCCGCCCGCAAAUAGGGGGUAUAAUUGAAUGAUAACGUGCAAGUCCCGGCCAAUCAGGGCUGCAGUGCCGGAUGUGACGAUCUCAAGACCAAUAGAAAAGGUUCUUUGUUGCGUUUAGCAGGAACCAGAGGAUCCUGGGUGGUGGACACGACAAUCGUCCACCGUGCCCACCUAUGAAAACAUUGUACGGCCAUAUGCCGAUUUCGUGAACCAGUCAGCAGAUAUGUUUGCAGGUGGGAUGAGCGUAACGCGGGCCAAUAAUAACACCGUGUGAUCACGUGUCGACAUGAACAGCCUGACGGCAUGAUGUGCCAAUGUCCCAUUCCCACCGGUGACGAGACCACCUGGUGUGGCCUGUGCCUACUUGGCCUCCGCUGCGCGGAAUGGAGUGCUCCGACUUGGUCCUUCCGAAUCUUCAGUGUCGUGACAUAUUGUUGUACAUAGGUUGGCAUCGGUGUGCGAUCGUCUCGUCCCCUACUCCCCAACUCCCCAACUCGGCUCCGCCGUCGCGGCGGCGCGUGCGUUCUUCCAUGGGGCAGCAGGCUGGCGUCGCACGCGCAGCGGCGCGCCUGUGUGACUCAAGAGUCGGUCAGAGUCAGCCAGGCAGCCCCGCCGCAUCCCGAGAGAGGCCGAAUCCGGACCUAGUGUUCCCCGUGUUUGCCGCCGCGUCUUUUGUAUGGGUCGCUGCUAGGAUUCAUAUGGAUGCGGACGCCUGAGUUGGUUGCCGGAGCGCCAGCGGUGUUUGCAUAUGCCACUCAGCUGAUCCCUGGAAGACCGAUCCAGCGCCGUCUUGGCUGCUGCAGAAACUCACCACGGCUCUGAUUGCCAGGCAAGAGUGCGUGAAACAGUCUUGAACUCAGUCUUCAUUAGUAGGCCGAAGCGGGUUGCGGGGAGAGGGAGGGGGACAUCGUUCAAGCAAUGUACGCACGUUGGAGAGCCACGUGGUGUCAUCUCACCCAUUAUGUCAUGCUCGGUGUUAGAACACGUGUGUCAACAGUUCUUUGGGAUCCAUGGUCUUCGAAUUUGUUCAGUUUAUUAUCAGGAGUGUUCUGGCUCACGGCUUGGAAGGCAAAGCCUUGCUGAGCGCUGGCCUGCUCGUCUGUACAGCAUACAUCAUCAUCAGCUGCAUCACACGUAGGUUUACGCAAGUUGCGGGUGAAUGAUCAUUUU